GGAAAAGCCAAUCAGAAUUGUUUUAAAAGAUAAGUUCUUCCCGAGAAUCCAAUAUUAUUAAUACAUGAAAUAGACUCGACAACUUAUUCAGAAGAAGAUAAAAUUUUCCAGUAUCACAAAGGCAAACAUCAUUAGCAUGGAGAAGAGACUCAAAUUCAUGAAUAUCUCGUAAAUGAACAUGAAUUUUCCUGAAUAAAGGUUAACAAUAUAUUGAUAUUCAAUUAGUUGAUCGCUGGGAAAAUUGUAGCAAAGUUUUUUUUCCUUGAUACUUGUCAGGGAAAAAAACAUUAACCUCUCAGCAUGAACAUGGUAAUUAUUCAGUAACAAAUUUUGAUAUUAACAAGUUAUCGUUGUAACAAUCAAAUUAUCCAGCAAACUGAUUAGCGAUUGAUCAGAUUUUGAUUACAUACAUGAGAUAUUAUCAACAUUUACCUAUUUCCGUUAAGAUCAUUCUCUUUCCCCCUCAAUCUUUCGUCAAGUAACUUAUUAGCUUGGAACUUUUUUUUUGCUUCUCCUCUUCUAUCUCAGAAUAUGUUAUCAUUUAAUCUUAUCCAUGAAAUCACCAUGAUUACUUAUUUAUGUUUCCUUUUCUUUCUGUACAUGAUUAUUAUCUUGUUCUUUUUACGAUCAAACCUUCAAAGUGCCUCCUCGUAUAAUAACAUCGGAAACGAGUGUCGAUGUGAUGAGACGUGAGAACUCAAAUGCUACGUUAACAUGUCGAGCUCGAGGUUAUCCCCUUCCAAGGAUAACAUGGCGACGAGAAGAUGGUAAACCAAUUGAAUUUGGAAAUUGGCAGGAAAAGAAAGAUCAAGGAAUCCAACCACCUGAGGAGUAUGAAGGUGAACAAUUAACUAUUAACAAAGUAAGUCGUCUUCACAUGAGUGCAUAUCUCUGCAUAGCCACUAAUGGAGUCCAACCAUCAGUCUCCCAUCGAAUCAUAUUGAAUGUUCAUUUUCCGCCAAUGAUCUGGGUACCAAAUCAGUUGAUUGCUGCCUCAGUGGGAAGUGAAGCAAUAUUAAUGUGUAACACUGAAGCUUCACCUAAAUCAAUCAACUAUUGGACAAAAGAUGAUGAGGAUGCCUUAAUUAGUAACGAUAAAUAUGAGAUUACGACUAAUGAGAGAUUAUAUAAAGCUCAAAUGAUUCUGAAAAUUCGAGAUGUAUCAGCGCAGGAUUUUGGUACAUUCAAAUGUUAUGCUAGAAAUUCACUUGGUUCUACCGAAGGUUCAAUUAAAUUAUACGGGAUCCAUGUUCCUGGAGGUAAAGGGGCGCGUCGUGAUCCAACCAAUGCUAGAAGCCGAAGUCACUUAAAUGAUGGAUCCAAUGGUGCCAACGAUGUCAACUCAAGUUUCGAUAAUCAUUAUAGACAAAGUAAAAUAAUUCCAAUUAUAAUCAUGACCACAAUCAUCAAUAUCUUCCUUUUAAAUACAGAUUAUCUCAUUUAUGUAUUACUAUAAAUAGCCUUUUGGAAUAAUAAGUAUUAACAAGUAUUUUUCCGUUGGAUUAAUUAAUCAAAAUCAAAGGUUAACAAACAAUAAUCAAGUUUAUUACUAAGCAAUUUAACGAACUAUGUAUCAAUAUAUAAAUCUGUACCAACUUAGGGUUAAAUACAAUUAAGAUUAAAACAAAAAAGUUACAUCUGUGUAAAUAAAAACCUCCAUGUAAAUGCUAUUA